AGGGAGUUGGGUUGCGCCCAGAAGUAGACUCUUUGCUUUUGGGUUUAUUACCCAAAUUAUGAGAAAACUGUUUUCAUCUCAAAAUAUCGUCAGAAAAGAAAGUCCCAGCGCUCGGAGGCUUAGCUGACAGGAGGGGAAAGGUGCGUGGCUGCGAGUCUCAGAACUACUGAGGCCCCGACACCAGUGUUGGCCCCAGCGCCCCACGAGUGCACGAUUCCUCCCCGGUAGGUAAGGCGGAAGACUCGGACGGGUGGCGGCCUCAGGGCACAGCAUGGGGCAGCCCAGACGCGCAGGAGCUUGGCGACCGAAAACCAGAAGGGCAGCGCGUUGAAGGUCUGCAGUCUCAGCACCCAGGCUGAAGACUGUAAGAUUGCUGCAAGUUCAAGGCCUGCCUGGGCUCCAGAGCCCCAAGCAUGGGAACCUCGAAACCGCGGAUCUUGCCCUGGCUGGUGUCGCAGCUGGACCUGGGGCAAUUGGAAGGCGUGGCCUGGCUGGACGAGAGCCGCACUCGGUUCCGGAUCCCGUGGAAGCACGGCCUGCGGCAGGAUGCCCAGAUGGCUGACUUUGGCAUCUUCCAGGCCUGGGCUGAAGCCAGUGGUGCCUACGUCCCAGGGAAGGAUAAGCCCGACCUGUCGACCUGGAAGAGGAAUUUCCGGUCAGCCCUGAACCGGAAAGAAGUGUUGCGAUUAGCCGAUGACCAGAGCAAGGACCCCUUUGACCCUCAUAAAGUGUAUGAGUUUGUGACCCCAGCAGCAAGGGACUUUGCACAUCUGGACACCUCUCCUGAUCCCAACGGCAGAAGCAGUCUGUCUGAUCCCCAGGAAGACCUCCGGGAAUUACUGGGUGACAUGGUCUUGGAACCUCUCCCAGAUCAGGGGUCCUCAGGCCUGGCUAUUGCUCCUGAUCACUCUCAACUACUACUAAGCCCAAAUCUGGACAAUCUCCCAAACCUGGCACCCCAGGAAAAUCCACUGAGGCAGCUGCUAGCUGAGGAACAAUGGGAGUUCGAAGUGACCGCUUUCUACCGGGGCCGGCAGGUCUUCCAGCAGACACUCUUUUGCCCAGGGGGCCUGCGGCUGGUAGGCACCACAGCUGAUAACAGGACACUGCCCGGACAGCCAGUCACCCUGCCAGACCCUGAGGGGUUUCUGACGGACAGGCUUGUGAGAGAGUAUGUGAGCCAAGUACUCAAGGGGCUGGGCAAGGGGCUGUUUCUGUGGCGGUCAGGGCAGUGUCUCCGGGCCCAGCGCCUGGGCCACUCCCAUUCUUUCUGGGCUCUGGGUGACGAGCUGCUUCCAGACAGUGGGCGAGGGCCAGAUGGAGAGGUUCCCAAAGACCAGGACGGCGUUGUGUUCGACCUUGGGCCCUUUGUGACAGAUCUGAUUGCCUUCAUGGAAGGAAGUGGACACUCCCCACGCUACACUCUGUGGUUCUGUGUAGGGGAGUCGUGGCCCCAGGACCAGCCAUGGGUCAAGAGGCUUGUGAUGGUCAAGGUUGUUCCCACGUGUCUUAAGGAGCUGUUAGAGAUGGCCCGGGAAGGAGGAGCCUCCUCACUGAGAACUGUGGACUUGCACAUCUCCAACAGCCAGCCUAUCUCCUUCACUUCUGACCAGUACAAGGCCUACCUCCAGGACUUGAUGGAGGAAAUGGACUUCUAGGCCACCAGAGACACCUGAGCCCUGCCCAGCUGCCACCAAUAAAGCAGUUUAUGCCACCAUCA